AUGUGCUCAGGGAAUCAAACUUCAAGCACUGAUUUCAUCCUGACGGGGCUCUUCAGUUCAACAAAGCAUGCAGAUCUCCUCUAUGGUCUGUCCUUCAUCUUGUUCUUGAAGGCCCUAACUGGAAAUGACCUUCUCAUCCUCCUGAUCCACAUGGAGCCCUGCCUUCACACCCCCAUGUAUUUCUUCAUCAGCCAACUUUCUCUCAUGGACCUCAUGUACAUAUGUGUGACCAUCCCCAAGACGCUCAUGGAUCAGGUCAUGGGAGAUAAUGCAAUUUCCCCCUUAGGUUGUGGGGUCCAGAUGUUCUUCUAUCCGACCUUUGCUGGAGCUGAGUUUUUCCUCCUGGCUGCCAUGGCCUAUGACCAGUAUGCUGCCAUUUGCAGACCUCUCCAUUACCCGCUUCUCAUGAACCAAAGAGUCUGCCAUCUGCUCGUGUCUGGAUGCUGGUUCCUGGACGGUUAUGGUUUGUUGCUCACCCCUAGUAACAUGAGUUUUCCCUUUUGUCAGUCCAGGAAAAUCAUGAACUUCUUCUGUGAGGCCCCAGCCCUGCUGAAGCUCUCCUCCUCUGACAUUUUCCUAUACAAGACACUUACGUAUUUGUGCUGUGUUCUUAUGCUUCUCAUCCCUGUCUCCAUCAUCUCCACCUCAUAUGCGUUCACCCUGCACCGCAUCCACAGGAUGAAUUGUGAGGGCCACAGGAAAGCCCUCACCACUUGUUCCUCUCACAUGGUGGUAGUGCUGCUCUUUUUUGGUGCCUCCAUCUACACCUACAUGCUCCCCAGAUCUUACCACACAGCUGAGCAGGACAUGAUGGUGUCUGCUUUUUACACCGCUGUACUGAACCCCCUCAUUUACAGCCUCCGGAACAAAGACGUCACAGGGGCCCUGAGGAGCAUGAUGCCAUCCGGGAUGAGACUGGGAAAAGUUGUUAAUGUGAAAACCUAA